UGCGACGCACGUGCGCAACUUGCGCUCACGUGAUGCGCCGCAUGUAUGGCGUAUAUAUAUGAACCAUCGGUGCCUGAUUGUUGGGCUUUUCUUUUCUUUUCUUCUUGUCUUUUUUUUUUGUUUUUGCUUUUCUUUUCUCUUUGUGCUGUUUUUUGGUGGUGUGGUUGGUAACCCCGCCCGUUGAUGACUCAUCUGUUGACCUUUUUUUUCCUCUUCUUCUUCUUCAUCUCUUUCCGGGUGCUGUUUCUAUAUGUAUGGUUGACGACCGGCUUGUGCAGGGUAUAUUCACGCUGCAUGACGGCCCUCCAUAUGCGAACGGAAAUCUUCACAUUGGUCAUGCGCUGAACAAAAUCUUGAAAGAUUUCAUAAAUCGAUAUCAGAUUCUCCAAGGAAAGAAGGUGAAUUAUAGAUAUGGAGUCUGGGGAGAUUGGGAGAAUUCGUACUUGACAAUGGCACCCCAGUACGAGGCAGCACAGAUUGCCGUUUUCGGUCGAAUGGUUUUGAACGGGCAUAUCUACCGCGGCAGAAAACCGGUCCAUUGGAGUCCAAGCUCAAAGACUGCGCUUGCGGAAGCCGAACUUGAGUAUCCUGAAGGACACGUGUCGAGGAGCAUCUAUGCAGCAUUCAAGCUGACGUCACUAUCUGACAGCUGCCCAGAAGAAAUGAAAUCCUUCCUGCCAGAUCUCGGCGUCGCCAUCUGGACCACCACUCCAUGGACAAUACCUGGGAAUGCUGCUGUUGCGGUAAAUGCCGAUCUCGAUUAUGCGGUUGUAGAGUUAAGUGAUCCGGCAGUAGAUGCUUCCGGCGCCGACGAAGCUCCUGGAAAUGACGUGGGGGAAAACGCUCCACCGCAAGGGGAGAAAAAGUCAAAAAGGGGAAACAAGAGAGGGAGGGGUCUUUCUGCACCGACUUGCAGAUAUCUGCUAGUAGGAUCAGAUCUCGUCGAGGACCUCAGCAUGAAAUGGGGUUGCCCUCUUAAAGUUCACCUACUCGUGAAGGGUUCUGCCGUGGAGAAUUGCAG